UCCCGAGCAGCUGUUUCCGGGUUCAGAGGUGCUCGCUCCGCCCGCGCCGUGCCUGCGCACUUCUUCCCUGGUUGCGGCGCUCGGGGCUCGCGGCCGAGCCAUGGACGUUAACCAGCCCAAGCAGGAGCACCUGCUGGCCCUGAAAGUGAUGAGGUUAACAAAGCCUACCUUAUUCACUAAUAUUCCAGUGACUUGUGAAGAAAGAGAUUUGCCAGGUAAUCUAUUUAACCAGCUCAUGAAAGAUGAUCCUUCUACUGUAAAAGGAGCAGAAGCUUUGAUGCUAGGAGAAAUGCUGACUUUGCCUCAGAAUUUUGGAAAUAUAUUUCUGGGAGAAACAUUUUCCAGUUACAUUAGUGUACAUAAUGAUAGUAAUCAAGUUGUCAAGGACAUACUGGUGAAGGCUGAUCUUCAGACAAGUUCUCAGCGCUUGAACCUUUCAGCUUCUACUGCUGCAGUGGCAGAACUUAAACCUGACUGCUGUAUUGAUGAUGUAAUUCAUCAUGAAGUGAAGGAAAUAGGAACACACAUCUUAGUUUGUGCAGUAAGUUAUACUACGCAAACAGGAGAGAAGAUGUACUUCAGAAAGUUCUUCAAAUUUCAGGUGCUCAAACCACUAGAUGUGAAAACCAAAUUCUACAAUGCGGAGUUAGUGGAGACAGUGGGUUUGAGGAGAGAGCAGCAGCUGGAUGUUCUUUCUUUCCUGAGCUGGAGCCUUGCUUUCCAACUUCAACUGCAUGUAAGAGUUGAUGAGUUAGUAUGGUACUUCUGCAGUCUGAUUUCACUUCAAGGUGCGCAUUGUACUAAGGCAAGCUGCAUUCUGGUGAACUACUUCAAGACAGACGAAGUGUUUCUGGAAGCUCAAAUUCAGAACAUUACGACCUCUCCAAUGUUUAUGGAGAAGGUUUCUUUAGAGCCAUCCAUUAUGUACAACGUUGCAGAACUGAACACAGUUGACUCAGCAGGGAAAAGUGAGUCAACUUUUGGCUCAAGAACUUAUUUACAACCUAUGGACACACGUCAGUAUUUAUACUGCCUGAAACCAAAGCAGGAAUUUGCAGAGAAAGCUGGAGUAAUAAAAGGUGUAACUGUGAUUGGUAAACUGGAUAUCGUAUGGAAAACGAAUCUAGGUGAGCGAGGAAGACUGCAAACCAGCCAGCUUCAAAGAAUGGCUCCUGGUUAUGGUGAUGUAAGGCUUUCUCUGGAGACAAUACCAGACACCGUAAAUUUGGAAGAGCCUUUUGAUAUUACAUGUAAAAUAACAAAUUGCAGCAGUGAAAGGACUAUGGAUCUGGUUUUAGAAAUGUGCAAUACUAAUUCCAUCCACUGGUGUGGAGUUUCUGGAAGACAACUUGGAAAAUUACACCCAAGUUCCUCUCUCCGUCUUGCACUUACAUUAUUGUCUUCAGUGCAGGGAUUGCAAAGUGUCUCUGGCUUAAGACUUACUGACACAUUUUUGAAGAGAACAUACGAAUAUGAUGAUAUUGCACAAGUCUGUGUUGUUUCUUCAAAGAUAAAACAAGAAAGCUGAAGAAAAGCUUUAUUUCUGCUGUUUGUUUUUUGGACCAACUUCUUCUGUUUUUGCAGUUGAAUCGUAUUGUGUAAAGACAAAAUAAACCCCUAAUAUACCCAUAAGCACAAGUUGCUUAUUUAAUUUCUCAGCAUUUUUUUUGAAUGUUUUAAAAUCUUCUCAAAGGAUGCAUAUGCAUCUUCAUGAAAAUAAAGCCUUUGAAAAAAGCGUUGUUCAAGCAAAUUGUAUUUCAUUAAAUGUUGUGUUGGGUGAGGGUAAGGAUUGACAUGGAGUUUCUUUGAAUCUGCUUAUUUAAAAUAGCAAUGCACUGUAUGUAUUUUUGUUAUUUUAAUGAUCUUAAACAUUUUGAAGUUAUUAAAUUGUGGUUCUGACAAAACUGUUUUAGUGACAAGGACUUAGCCUUUCAUAGACAAGUUCCAGGAUUCAAAUCCCAAAAGAAAUACGUCUGGGUAUCUGGAGUAGCAGUAUACUUGCAUUGGCACAUGUCUAGCCUGACGUGAAGGGGAGCACCUAGUGUUAUUGGGAUGAUAGUAGACUAGAUUAUCCAUCAGGUGGAGAAAUUUCACUGUUCUGUGCUUCCCUGCGAUUGCAGGGCAUGUUGUGAACUAGUAUGUUAUCUUCCUGCUACAAGGGAACUAAAGACUCAGGUAUUUUUGAUUGUUAACCUGAGGUAGUGUAAAUUAUUUUUCCCAUGCUAGAAAGCAGUGCCAAACUAAAAUUUUAAGAAAAUGAGAAGAAAACUGUGUGACCUAGAUCAGGGUCUGCAAAGGACUUCAGGACUCUGUUAAGCACUAAAAUAUACUUUUCCCUAGCUGUGUUUUGACGUACAAUUGAAAUUUAAGAUAAUUGUAUUAUCUUAAGGUUGCCAAGUUAGCCAUUUAAUACAGAAGAUGUUUGCUGGUACUCCUAGUUUAGUAGUGGUUAUGCAUCCAAUAGUAAAGAUUCUCUUCCAUGGUUUGUCAAACUAUAUUGUCAUUUAGUAACUGUAGUUUUGAAAACAUAUACUUUAGACUUCACUGUACAUGGAAUCUUUCAAUUUUAACUUUCAGUUUUAAGAUAGUGGAUAAAUUUAUGACCAGUUAACUAAAUUAAAGGAAAUAAAAGAAAUUAUACUCUGCACAUUAAUAAGAUGCAUACCAACCAAUUAUCUACUUACUCUUUUCAGGGAUACCAAUAAGCUAAAACAGCAAAGCCACAACUAUCCAAACAAAGAAAUGUAAAUAACUUUAUAAUCUGUUUUCAAGUUAAAUUGACACAAAUUGAAGAUGUGACCUUGUGGUAAUAAAAAGUAGGAGAGGGUCAGAAAUAGUAGACAAGUUGCAUUUUGUCAGAAUGACUAUCAGUAGCCCUCAAGCAGUGUAUGAAGAUUUUGUCACAAGUUGCAGACUUGAUAUGAGUGAGUUUACUUCAUACUCAUUAGAAAACCAGAAGUGGAACAGAAACAAUUUCUGUGGUGAAUAUUUCAUUAGAUGUUUUUCUGAUCAGGCAGUUAGCAUAUAUUUCCAUGCAAGCAGGCUACAGACAUUUACAGUUUGAGUGCAAAACGUUUUCUUCUCUAACCAUUAUCACACUUGCAUGUUGCUGGAAUAAUAAUGAUACAAAAUCAGUUUGGUGUUAAAUGUGUAUUUGUUCAGUUAAAUGAAAAACUGCAACUGACUUUAAUUUAAAACAGUAUUUUCUGUGGUUGGGGUUUACCACUUGAUCUAGCAGGAUGAAAAAUAUUAGCGCAAAACAAGAGUGCAGUUAUUACACAGGUAAAGAUUCCUUCCUCACCGUGUUAAAGGCAUAUUGCAUGACUUUGUGAAACAAUUCAGCCUAUUCAAGGCCAGAUAGAUUUCAGCAUAAAUAACCCAUUUGUCCCUGGCUUUAAUAGAAAAACAUGUAAUAAUGGCUCCUGUUAUUGGUUGCACUGUCUUUUAUUGAGGCUAUAAAGCCCUUUUUGUUAAUACACAAGAAACAAAGAAUGUUUACAAGUAUUACACGAGCUAUAGCACAUUCCAAAAAAAUUAGCUAAUGCCACCAUUGUAAUACAAAUUCUGGUUACAUAUGGUUUAUACAGGCAUAAAACCUAAACAUUGACGAUACUGUAGUAUGUAAAAUAUCCAUAAAGAUGAUUUCAGUGUUUUCAAAUAACAAACCAAUAACUCAUUUAUCUUUUAUCUUGGGGAUUAUACUUUGAUAAAUACAA